AUGGAAAGUGAUCAAAAGCAUCUAACAGCCUUAACCAAUAUCCCGCCCAAGUCUACUUCAUCUGAGAGUAGUUCAUCUGAAUCAAACUCAUCCGAGUCUGGCUCAUCAUCUGAGACUAGUUCAUCCGAAUCUAGUUUGUCAUCUGGUAGUUCGACUGAAUCUAGUUCCUCAUCCGAGACUAGCUCAUCUGAAUCUGGUUCAUCUGAUUCUGAUAUUGAUGAAAUAGCAUCAAUCGAUACGUCCACUGAUGUAAAUUACAUUAGCCAAAAACAUAUUGGUGAAUUAGGAAUUACAUAUCACAGUGAAAGCAAUAGAAUUGUAACUCCAGAUACAUCCUAUUCCACAUUAGGAAAGGUCAAUCUGCAUAUCGGCUUUAAUGAUGGUGAGAAAUAUAAAACCACACCCAGUGAAUUCAUAGUUGCUGGACCAGAUUGGCCUGAUUAUUUUCCUGACUUAGUAUUGGGAAUGCCAUGGUUACAAGAAAAUGGUGUAAAUUUUGAUAUGCAUAAUUCAUUACUAACUAUAGAUGAUAAUUUUACGAUCCCAUUCGAAAAAGUAGACUAUAUUUCAACAUUAUCUGAUAGUCAAAUCCGAACUAUGACUGAUUUUUCCAGUCCAACCUAUAACAAUUUACUUGAUCUUCUUCCGCCGGAGAUAAUAUCAUUUAUUCUAAAGUAUCUUCCAGAACAGGAACUAAAGAAUUCUCGCAGUAUAAAUGAUAUAUGGGAAAGAGAAGUGAAUCAUGAACAAUCCAAAAGACUGAAAUUUUUAUUUUGGGGAAUAGUUCAAGGCAAUUAUACGGUAAAGGAAUAUUAUUUGAAACUGAAAGAGUGGAAUUUAAGCAAAGACUAUCCAGAAUGGCUUCUUAAAAAUCUAUUCUUCAGAGAAUUAUCACCUGAAGAUAUAUUAAAAGUUCGUUUGGAUGGGUUACAAGCACUUGCGUUAGAUGACAUAGUGGAAAGGCUUAGUCUGGAGCAGUAA